CGGCGCCGCGUGGGCAGCGGCGGGGCCCGGCCCCGCUCCCGGCCCGGUGCGGACCAGUUCGGAGCGGGGAGGGCCCGGCCCGGCCCGGUUGGGUUGGGUUCAGCCCGGCUCGGUUCGGCCAUGUGGUUCCUGUACGCGCUGAGCUGGCUGUCCCUGCUGCUGCAGGUCGCCUUCGUCACCCUGGCCAUCGCCGCCGGCCUGUACUACCUGGCGGAGCUGAUCGAGGAGUACACGGUCGUCACCAGGAGGAUCAUCAAGUACAUGAUCUGGUUCUCCACGGCGGUGCUCGUCGGCCUCUACCUCUUCGAGCACUUCCCCGGCUUCAUGGUGGGCGUGGGGCUCUUCACCAACCUGGUCUACUUCGGUUUGCUGCAGACCUUCCCCUUCAUCGUGCUGACCUCCUCCAACUUCAUCCUGUCCUGCGUGCUGGUCGUCCUGAACCACUACCUGGCCUUCCAGUACUUCGCAGAGGAAUACUACCUGUUCUCUGAGGUUCUCGCCUACUUCACCUUCUGCCUCUGGUUGAUCCCCUUUGCUUUUUUCGUCUCCUUGUCGGCCGGAGAGAACGUCCUGCCGUCCACGGUGCAGCCCGGAGAUGACGUCGUCUCCAACUACUUCACCAAGGGAAAGAGGGGCAAGCGCUCUGGCAUCCUGCUCAUCUUCUCCUUCAUCAAGGAGGCCAUCCUGCCCAGCCGGCAGAAGAUCUACUGAGC